AUGGCGGAAGUGAAGGAGUAUCUGCUGAAACCCACAUCUUUGGUCCCCAAUUCGCCGCUCUCACUGCUCCAUUACAAAAAGGUUCUCAGUCUAGGUCAACUGGAACCCAAAGGCGUGCAACGGAUUUUUGCCCGCAACGGCUGGGAGGUUCAAUGGCUGGUUCGCUACGGAUCCACUCAGAGGUCGCAUUACCACUCUGCCGUGCAUGAAUGCAUGGCCGUAUUCUCUGGAACGGCAACUAUCCGCUUUGGCGUCGCCGACACGGUUGAGGACAUGCAGGAAAACACGUGGGGCUCAGGCUCCGAGGCCGGUGGCGUCGAAGUGGGCGCGGAACCUGGCGACCUGUUCAUUAUCCCGGCGGGUGUCGCGCACAAGACUUACGACGCCAAGCCAGCAAUGGAUUUCUUGCGGCUGACUGGCGGGGACGGUCGUUCUCCCGGGUCCGGUGAAAAUGCGGCGGCGCUUUUGGACGGCAUCGUGCUGUCAGGUUUCACCAUGAUGGGUGCGUAUCCCGUGGAUGGUGCACCGUGGGACUUCUCAGAAGGAGGGGAGCACACCGGAAGAUAUGACGAGGUUUGGAAGGUACCUGUGCCAGCGAAAGAUCCUGUAUUUGGAGAGUCUCUGGCCGGCCUUUGUGGCUUCUGGGGAAAGAAAACGGGAGGUGAAAUGCUAGAAAAGCUAGUGUCUCGAUCAAGUCUGUAA